AAUGCAUGGUGCAGUUUCUCCAGGAUAAGAUGGUAAACCAGGCUCUUUACUCUGCUUUGAGAACGUGGUUUCAUUCCUGCAACAUGUGUCUGAGGUCUCUUGGAUUUGUCCUCAUUUUGUUUCCCGGAGUGCUUCAAGCACAGGGCUGUGAUGCUCCCAGACUGCUUCAUGGUAACUUUCUCCCCAAACAACAGACUUAUUCUGAUGGAACCACGAUCACAUAUGCUUGUGAUAAUGGAUAUAAACCUGCAGUGGAGGGCUGGUGGGCAACCAGUACAUGUCAACAUGGGACAUGGUCUCACGAACCACAAUGUAUAGGUGAAAGCUCCUGCCUUCCGCCAACUAUUCCCAAAGCAAAGUACCCUGAAAACUCAAACGGCUGGUAUGAGGAUGGAAGUACAUUAAGGAUAACAUGUGAAGCAGGAUUUGAGCACAAAAACCAGAACACCACCACUACCUGUGGAAAUGGAAACUGGUCCCCUGUACCAGUCUGUGGGAGAUCUGCUGACACCUCUGCCUCAAAUGACAGUAGACCUGCACUGAGAAACAGACGGUUGUGUGGAAACCCAGUCAUUCAAAAUGCUGAAGUUGUGGAGGAACGUCCAAUGUAUUUGAAAUAUCGGUGUAAUCGUUUUUACAGACCAGCUGGUCCAAGGACUGUGACUUGUUACAGAAAUGGCAGCUGGUCUCAGAUGCCCACCUGUGAAGAAGCGUUCUGUGUGAUGGAUCCUGCUAAAUAUGCUCAUUAUGGUGUUAAACCAGGUCAAAGUGAAUAUAUAGAGGAUGGAAAGACACAGUUUUUUAAGUGCAUUUCAAUGUCCAAAUUCAUCAUUGCUCAGUGCACUAAUAGAAGAAUAACUUUGGCCAGGUGUUGUUCCACCUUUGAACGCAUGUAUUUUGACUACUGUUUCCAAUUCACUGAACCCACCUGACAGGAUGAGUGUUUGAAAUACUUCCUCCAGAAACUGCAGAACAACAAUUUUGGAGCUGAUUGUUCUUUGAACAGCAUUGUUCACAUAUGAUUUGAACUCUUAAUGACUCAUAACAUGAUGUGUCCUUUGAAUAAAUGUCUGAAUAAAAUGUUUCAUCAUUAGUGA